CUAUUUUUUGAAUUUUGUUUGCGGAUUUGAUUCUAAACCUUCGAAACCCUCGUUGUGUUCAUGCUCUGACCGAUCUCUGGAAAUCCGAUCCACUUGAUCUUCGUUAUGGAGCGUGUAAUCGGCGGCAAGUACAAGCUUGGCCGCAAGAUCGGUAGCGGAUCGUUCGGGGAAAUCUAUCUCGCUACUCAUAUUGAGACGUUCGAAAUCGUCGCUGUGAAAAUAGAAAACAAUAAAACGAAGCAUCCGCAACUGCUUUAUGAGGCUAAAUUGUAUAAUAUUCUUCAAGGAGGAAGUGGUAUUCCUGCUACUAAAUGGUCUGGUAUAGACGGGGAGGAGAAUGCGCUUGUCCUUGAUUUGUUGGGACCAAGUCUCGAAGAUCUCUUUGUAUAUUGUGGGAGGAAGUUCUCGCUGAAGACAGUCUUGAUGUUGGCUGAUCAAAUGAUCACAAGAAUAGAGUACGUACAUUCCAAAGGAUUUCUGCAUAGAGACAUUAAGCCGGAUAACUUCCUUAUGGGCCUUGGACGCAAAGCAAAUCAGGUUUACAUAAUAGAUUUUGGAUUAGCAAAAAGAUAUCGAGAUGCAACUACCAACCGGCAUAUCCCCUACAGGGAAAAUAAAAACUUAACAGGGACAGCUCGUUAUGCUAGUUGCAAUACUCAUCUUGGUAUCGAGCAAAGUCGGCGGGAUGAUUUGGAGUCUCUUGGAUAUGUGCUUCUCUACUUUUUGAGAGGAAGCCUUCCAUGGCAAGGAUUGAAAGCUGCCACGAAGAAGCAAAAAUAUGAUAAAAUAUGUGAGAAGAAGUUAUCUACUCCUAUUGAGGUCCUAUGCAAGUCUCAUCCAGUGGAGUUUGCUUCAUACUUCCAUUACUGCCACUCUCUGACAUUUGAUCAGCGACCUGAUUAUGGGUUCUUAAAGCGAUUGUUCCGUGACUUAUUUGCUCGUGAAGAAUACGAAUUUGAUUAUGUUUUUAACUGGACAAUCAUAAAGUACCAGCAGUCACAGAAGAACAGAACUCAGCCACGAGUCUCUCCAGUUCUUGCUGGUACACAUAAUCAUCAUGCAACCCCUAUGGAAGGGGAAAAUCGUCAAGGUGGGUUUAAUACUCAUUCAGCAGAGGUUACAGAUCGUGUUAGACCUGACAAUGUUUCAAGCCCUGCAGUGCGACUGCAUUUUAAACAACCAACUCCAAAGAAUUUGAGUUCGGAUAAUGCUCUUGACAUGAAUGUUCUAAAUGAUUCUCACAUGGCCACUUCAUCAUUUACACCUGCUGGUAGCUCAAGAGGAAAUUCUGCUAAACCUUUGCAGUCGACUGAAUCUCCAAACCAUGUACAUGGAAAUGGUCACAGGAUUGGCCCCUCAAGUAGCUGGAUUUCAUCAUUACAGAGAAUUUCAUCUGCGAAGUAAUCAAAACGUAACAGAUGUGGCCAGGACUAUUCUAAACUGCAUCUAUGAAGCUGAAAAUUGUGAUGAUUUGAUGUUAUCUCUUUUGCAAUGUAAUUGAAGAGAUUCUGGUGAUUUAUUGGCAGAAGCUGCAACAUGCUUGCUCGUUUAAUGACUGUGUUAGUCCCUCAACUAUUGCAGCUCAUGUUAUUCUUUUUUUUCUUUUUUUUUUUCCUGGAAAGGUGGCUAAAAUGCUUUGGUGGUUACAGAAUACCAACUUUCGGAAGCAUGCCUUCUGCUGUGUAAAUAGAAGUGAAUCACAGCAAAUCUUGUACCUAUGGUUCUAUGUAACAUUACUGGUGUGAAAGAAUUUCGUGCUCUUAACCAUUUUUGUUACUACACUUUUAAGAUUCCUUUUGUAAGGCAAUAUGGAUGAUAGUACUUGUUCAUAUUGCCCAAUAAUACCUCUCUUAUUAUUGUGAGUGCAAUGUUAAACGCUUUCGCAUACUUCAAACUAGAGCAUGAAACUAAAUUGAUCUUAUCCAUGAUGCAUGAUACUAUGGCUUUUGUGAUGGAACUUAAUUGAGUACUGCUGAUUAGGAUCUAAGUAUUAGUUCUUACAAUUAGUUACUAGGUUCUGGACAUGCACAGAUAUUUUCUGCCAAAAUAAAAAUUUACUGAACUGACAUGUACAGAGUAUUUCAGGGCUUCUGCUUCUUUGCAGGGUUGAAGAUGUUAGUUGGACGUUUGAAGGAGUUAUCUGAACAGAUGCUAAAAUGGACUUUUGCCUUGGUUUAUUUACGUUCCUUCCCUGUUUGUUUUCCAUUUUCGAACUCUAUUUUUCAUGUCUUUUAUUUGCAUUAAAGACCUAAACCUUUUGCUUAAUUUGCCCCCCACUUUUUUGGGUCAUAGUUUUUCAUCUAUAUUUAACUUUUGAUGCUAAGAUAAACUCAAUGCUUUGUCCAUUUCACUAUUCUUAGGGUUAUGACUAAUUUUUGUUUGCUUUAACCAUUUUAUAAAAGGUCUAACAUGCAUACAUUUAGCACAUUCUCUGGAGCUGGUAUUUCACUGAGUACACUCUUCCUGUUGCUAAAUCUAUUUUCAUCUUCCAAGAAUUACAUCUGAAUUAUGUCCCACAGAGGCUUCUUAACAUGCACUUGUGCUUGAUUUGAAUAGAUGUUUGAUAAUAUUUAGAAAUAUUUUGAAUAACUUCCUCUAUUAUCAGUUUAUAGGUAUGAUUUGGAGGAAAUUUUCCCUUCAGAUUUGCAAUAUGAAGAUUAAGGGAGAGCUAUUGAAUAACAGGUUUGGACAAAUUGUUCGUGAAAUAUUAGCUUAACAGCCCUGGAGAUCUGCUGCGCGGUAAUUAUCUGAACCGUCUAUUUCGGCAUCUCUAUGACUGAUGAGAAAGUGAUCAUCUAUGCUAUCGAAAUUUACAUGU